ACUUUUUGAGUGGGAGGAGCCAAAGUAAGAUGGCUGCUGGAAAGGGAAGAGUGUUUGAGAAAUCAUCAAAUGGGAUGUUUAUCUGUCGCUUACAGGAUGCACAGCUGUUCGAAAGAAGGAGUGGUUAAUUUGUUCGCCUCCCUAGAACCGUGUGGUGUCGCUCAUCAGUGGUCUCCGCGUUGUAUUUGUGCCACUCAGGCGUUUUUGCUCUGACAUUGUGGAAUUCAUCAGCAGCUGCUAGGCGUUAGCACCCAGCUAGCAGUUAGCUGUCCGGGGAAAGCUGCACCUCCCAACAACUGCUGAGACUUCUGGAUUUAAAUAAGAGCAGCGUGUCCCUCCUGACCGGCCAUGGAGUGGUGCCGGCUACAGACUGGAUGACAGGGUCCACAGGGAGGACAGGAUCACACAGUUCUUAAUUCCACGAUUCUCCCAGACGUCCACCGUUCUGACAGCCCGUCUAGCCAGCCUUCCCCUGUUUUCAUCCACUUUCCCUCCCCCUCUCCACCCCUCUUCUCCCUUCCUUCCUCUCUGUCCCUAAUCCUUUCCUUUUGUCCCUUCUUAAUAUUUCUGUUAUUUUUACCCUCUCUUGCCUCUGAACCCAAACUUUAUUUCCCCUCUCUGAUCUCUGAGUUGAUAAAACCUCCCACCGGGGCAACUAUGAGCUGGCUAAGCCGGUUGAACCCACGGGGUCCUGGGAGCCGGUCUAACCGGAGCGCCGCUCCCUCCAGUCCCUGCACGGCGGACCCAGAGACAUGUCUCAUGGUGUUUGAGAACCACUGGAGACAGGUCUCCUGGGUUUUAGAGCAGCGUGACACUUCGUCCUUCAGCGACGACCUGACAGCAGUGAGAAAUAACACCGACCAGAUGUUGUGUCUGCUGGCAGAGGAGCGCCCCGCUGAGAGCGCAGACAGUGGCUCCUGCGGGGCCCCCAUAGGCCCCAUACUGGAGCUGGUCAUCACUGAGAAUAUUCUGGAGCGCCUAGUUCAGUGGCACGUCCGCCGUGGCCUGGACCCAGACAGCCAAGGGGCUCUGCUCAAGUUGUUUGAGAUGCUCAUUGGCCAAUCCCAGCAGCCUUUGCUGCAACACACAGCCGUCCUCCACCCCCUGCUGAGGCUGCUGGGAGCUUGUGCCGACCCGGAGCUCGGCUGUCCCCCAGCUUUGGAGAACAGCUUAGUGCUGCUGCUCAACCAGGUGUGCGUUUCCAUGGCUCGGCAGCCAGUGGUUCUGGAGAUGUUGUUCCAUGCUGCACCGGCUCAGCAGGGCUCCACCAAUUUGCUGAUCUUCUCCCUCCUGGUGCCGUUCAUCCACCGAGACGGAGCUAUUGGACAGCAGGCCCGAGACGCCUUGCUGCUGGUGAUGGCGGCUUCAGCCAGCCAUGAAGCUGUGGCGCGAUACAUCGCUGAAAACUCCUACUUCUGCCCGCUCUGCAUGGUGUCAUUAAGUCUCUUCAGGACUCUGCUGUCUCUGAACUGUGAAGAUGUCAUGCUGCAGCUCAUUCUCAGGUUUCUGCUGCCCUGUACUCAUGUAAUGCUGAGUCAGCGUCGCGCUAUCAGGGAGACGGACAUGUACGGAAAGUCGGCGAACAAGUUCCUGUCGCUGAUCCCGGAGUGCUGCCGGCUGAACGCUGCAGCCUCUGCAGAGCGGGACGAGGACAACCCCUUCUGGAGUAAAGUUCUGAAUAAUCCCAGCACCGAGGCUCCAGCUCCGCCCAGACACAGCACGCCGUCUCGGUUGUCGUUCUUCAUGCGCCAGCAGAGUGGUGGUGGGGGCUCAGGGGGAGGGGGCACCUCUACCUCCACCAACGUGGAUCUGCUGCAGUCAGGUCCAUCCGGCUCCCACCCUCUGUCUCCCGACAGCCCGAAGCAUCAGACCCACACGGAAGCUUUCGACUGGGAUGCGGGUUACCUGGAGUACCUCAAGGACGCUCGUCGGGAUAUUGAGCUGUGUUCCUGGGCUUGCCGAGAUUGGUCAGCUCCUUAUGAUGGUGAAAACCCCUCCCCCAACACUUCCCCUCCUCCCCCAGCUCCCCCUUCAUCCAACCCCUCCGUGACUUUGUUCCCUGAGCACUUUUCUUUUCAGCGUGAAGGAAACAGCAACACUCCUCCGAACCAGCAGAGGGCAGCCAUCGUUGCAGCAGCUCGGUCUGAAUGGAGCGGUUCGGAUCGGGACAGCGGGGAGUGGGACGUCACAAUCGGCAAAAAUAACUGCAUCAGCCUCACGCCACGCUCAAAAAAACGCACUUUGCAACGGGAGGAACUCCUUCCUAAACCUGUUCCUCCUCUCAUCCCCUCCACCUCCUCAACUACUGCUUUGUCAGCGUCACACUCCACCUCUUCCCCAGGUCCGCACAUAUCCUCCUCUGCUAUCACUGUGAGCUACCAUGCAAUAUACAACGGCACCCUGGGGCAGGGGGACACAUGCUCCUUCAGUCGAGACCGAGGAAUGGAGGUAAAGAAAGUUAAGAGGGACUUGGGAGAGCAGCAGUACCUGGAUGAAAAUGCCAAUCAAAAUGGGUCUCUCGUCUCCUGCCCCUCCCAAAGCUGCACCCCCCUCUCACAAUCCAUUUUAAGCAACAAUGACCUCAGUGAAGCUAAAUCUCUUCACCUGAAUCAGUUUUCCCAUCAGAGCUCCAUCAAGCCAGCACACGAUACCAAACAGCUGACCAGCGAAAACUCAGGCUCUCACAGCACCUCCUCAGAUCUUCCAGAGUCCAUCCAAACGCUACAGUCUGUUGAGAGUCUAAUUGAAGAGCUGCUGGAACAGACUCCAGAGGACCCACAGCUGCCUGGAGAUGCUAACGGUCAGGGCAUCAGCAUUGAAGCCUUCACGCUGGAGCUGAGGAAGCUGGAGGACAGUGUGAAGGAGCGUAACCGAGCCUCCUGCCAGCAGGAAGAAGCAGCAGCAUCUCUGUCCUCUGAGCAGCAGGAGGAGGAGGAGGAGCAGCGUUCAUCGGCCCUGGAUCAGAAGCUGACAGAUGUUAGAGGGGACGGGUCUGUGAUGGGAGUGUGUAGUCCUGCCAGACCCCUGAACCAGCCUGCCUCUCAGCCAUACACAGGACCUUUCAUGGUGGUUCUGUUUGCUAAGCUGGAGAACAUGCUCCAGAACUCUCUUUACGUCAACAUCCUCCUCACUGGCAUCGUAGCCCAGCUGGCCUGCUAUCCGCAGCCCCUCCUACGCUCCUUCCUGCUCAACACCAACAUGGUCUUCCAGCCCAGCGUCAAGUCACUGAUCCAGGUUUUAGGUUCUGUAAAGAACCGCAUCGAGGCUUUUGCAGCCUCUCACGAGGACUUUCCCUCCAUGCUGAGGAAAGCGCAGCAGUACUUGGUGGCUCGAGGCAAACUCGACUGGGCUGACUCCCCUGCAGCUGUUCCCCCCCUGAGGCGCUCUGAUUCUCUCAUAAAAAGCCGUAAGCCAUCCCUUGGAGACUUGAUCCUUCGCCACACCAACAGUCCCACUCGGGCUCGACACGCAGCUCAGCUAGCAUUCGCACACGUCCGGGAUGGCGGCCAAUCACUGCACAGCGCUCUGUUCCGAGGUGGCAGCGCCGGCACUUCCAGCCUGGAGAAACAAGCGGAGGCGCUGCGUGUGAAGAACGCUGUCUACUCUGCCGUUAUCUUCUGCGAGUUCCUCAAAGAGUUGGCUGCCCUGGCUCAAGAGCACGCUGUCACUUUGCCCUUCCCUCAGAACCAAGAGGCUGAAGAGUAGACGGUAAACACAGACCCCUCAAACGUUUAAGUCUUUCUUAACCAGACUGGAGCACUGAGACUUUAAUCUUUUAAAAAAACCAAAAUUAAUAUAAGACAAAUAAAGGGACUGGAAGAUUUUUCCUCAUCUGUAAAAGUGAAGAUAUUGUGCAUAUCAUGUAUUAUAUUUACAUUCUGUACACAGAGAGUCUCAGUAGACACUUUGUGGAGCUUGUACACACACGCGCGCGCACACACACACACACACACACACACACACGCGCACACACACACACACACACACACACACACACACACACACACACACACACACACACACACACUACUACGUCAUGGUAUAAUGUGACAGUAAAGCCACAGAUAACAGAAGUAGGUGCACAUACUGGUGCUAGCUGAUACUUUUUAUCUUUUAUUUUGAAAGGGUGCACAGACAAGAAAUUUGCUUCCUCAACUGAAAUAAACAUAAACGCCAAAUCCAGUUUUGCAGGAUAAAACAUUUUGUUAUUCAUCUUCCACUUAGGACCGGCCAUUGCAGAAAGAUGAAAAAAGCUGAUGGAUUUUAGAUGAAAACUGGAACAAGAGGAGUGUUUUAAAUGUACUAGGAAAAGUUGGAAGAUGUCAUUUUUGUGAUGUUGGCUUUUUGAUUUUGCACCAUUUAAUUACAUAUCAGCAGCAUUAGGGCGUAGGACUGUAGUGUUCUGAAUAUUAUGUUCAUGAAUCACUCCUUUUUAAAGAGUGAUGACAGUUCUUUGGUCUAUUAGGGAGCCGGUGACCUGUUGCCAUAAAAAAGCCUGAGAUUUAAAAAGGCAGCACUGUAAAAAAUAUUCUUUUUGUGUGCCAAUUAGUCUUUUUAAAAGUAUUCUUUUUUUUAAGAAGAAACGUGCGUAUUUUACUUUGAAGGUGCAAUAAAUAAGAAUUUUACAGUGAAAAAAUCACAAAACAGCCUAUUGUCUGAAUCACGUUGGAAGGAAGGUUACAUUGACAUAGGUUUUCUUCUCAGCCGGCUGGGGGGAGGGGGUGAGUGGCAGUUUAUCUCCUUUUAAAAAGGCCGAAGAGGGACAUAGUCUUUGUUUACAAUCUGUCAUACUUCCUGGUUCUCAGAGCCAAUCAUAUGAGCUUAUAAAAUUGCCAAGUCUUCUACACAAACACUGUGCCGGCAUUUGUUAUUUGACACCGCCUGGAAAAGCGCAGUAAAAAGAGCGACCCAGAAGUUAUCUCUUGUACCCCUAAGAAGCUACAGCAUCUUUAUGUUUUACUCUAAUAUCAGGGAAAGAGAGCGAGAGGCUGAUAUUGAGCUAAGAUUGAGCUAAAAUUAAGCUAACAUUGAGCUAACAAUGCUAACCGUGAAUAAUAAACAAAUAGUCAUCUCUAAAAAUAUCUCAAAUACUUUUUUUAUUUACCAACAACUCAUUAUUACAGUGAAAUGUAUUUAUCUACUUAUCAAAUUACUGUUUAUGACUCGUUUGCACUCGUCAUCUAGAAUCUUCUGGCGCUGAGUCAUAGCUGGCAAUGGUUGUUCAGAGGGGACUUGGGGUUUGUUUUGAUACAUAAACUGUAGUACCCAAAUUUGACCACAGGAUGUCAUUCUUACAUCAUGCACCUUCAAAUAUGUUGAAAACAAAUCCCCGGAGGCAUUUUGCUUUUUUAUUUUUAGAUUUUGAAUUUUUUUUGGGACUAAAGUUGAAUGUUUUUAAAAGCCAUCUUCAUUUUUUUUUUAUUGUUUUGAGGACAAGCCAGAACGAUCAAGUUUCAUUUUGAACAUUAACAUGCUGCUAUAAGUUUUAUUUUGUAACACUUAACAUGAUUUUAGCUAUUGUUGGUUUUAUUUUAGGUACGGAUGUGAGGACGUUGAAAUGCAGUUGUGAUCGGCAUUUAAGUUAUUACCCUGAGAUUGAAGUUGAUGCUUGUCAGUGUUAAAAGCUUCUGCCAGGACAAAAUGUUCUUUUUGUUUAGAAAAAUAAGUUAUUUCUCAAAUACUUUGUACUAUUUUCAACUAAUUCAUCAGGAGUCUGAGAGAAUUUUAACAAAACCAAGAGCCCUUAGUGUCUUGUUUUGUGUUGGCUUUUAUCUAAAACUAAUUUGUUUGCACGGUCUCUUUUUUCCUCCCUCUCAUCUCUGCAGCAGAGAAACUGCCCGACAUUCAUUAGUCUUUUCUCUGAACCCUGCGGUGUUUCUUGACAUUUUGACCUUUACCUGAAAGAGGUUUUUGCAGCUUGUCAAAGCCAUCAUGUUUGUAUUUCUGGUAUUUCAUUACAUAACUUUUCUAUUGAAUUUCUAGGCUCAUUUCAAAAGCAACUAUAGUUUUUUAAACUGUGAUAUGUAAAAGGUUUUGUGCAUGCCAGUUUAGGUCAUGUAUGAAAUAAAUCAUGUUGUAAACAACAAUGUAGGUUUUAGUAAAGCAGAAAUAGAAGAAACAGACGCUCCACGCUUAGAUAUUUGCAGAUUCACAACUGAGGUUUACCCACUGCCAUCCGCCCAUCCUCUAUUCUCCUACUGCCCAGCUUCCACAGAGUUUCUGCUCAAUUUACUUGAUUUUAUUUAUGUUUUUUGUUGCUUAAAAGCAAAGUGUGACAUUCUGAUCAGGUUUUCUUUUGAACACCAAAGACCUGAAACCACCGUUCAUCCACAUAAAGAAAAAAAAUGUCACAUAAUCAACACACUGUAAUAAAAAUCAGCUAUCACUUAGGAGUUUUUUUGAAGUGCCAAUUUUGGAGUUGAGGCUCUAAAACUAAACCAUUUUGUAUCCACUUCAGCCCAUUGUUUCUUAUAAUUUACUUCUACUAACAUAAAGAAUGGUGACGCUUAUAAAAAGACGUUUCAUGAGGGAAUUUAUUGUAAAGAAUGUUCUCACCGAGCUGCGACUGUUGGCAAUUGCAUUUACAAGAGAUUUUCCAAAACGUUUAUGGGACAGGACAGUUUUUGAGUUCCAUGCAUUUUUAACAUGUUAAAAAAACACUAAGAAAAUAAAUAAAGGUUUGUUUGAGAACAUUUUUUUCUCUGGUUUGUUUCAUUGAGUCAAAAAGUGCGAGAAAUGUGCGACGGCUUUGGAAAUGCUUAUUUCCACCUACUUACAAAUACAUUGAUAUUUACUGAAGACAGCUUUGUUUCCAACAGUCACAGCUCCGUGUGAUUUCUGCUUUGACCCACUUCUACUAAACAUUGUUAAGCGUCUGAUCAGAGCGUUAAGUCUUAUUAAAUCAUUUAAUGUUGUUUUGGUUUAUAAACACUCCCAAUCACAUAACUACCGUGGUUAAUUAUAAAAGUUACAUUGGGAUUUUAUUUAGGUAAAAUUAGGUAUUUCUCUUUUUGACCAUAAUGUUUAAAUUUGCCAUGUUAAUUAAAGAAAUACAUUUUUCUAACCUUGACUGACAGAAAACAGUUGAUUAAAGCUAACUUUAAUGUCACUUUGUUUAACACUACAGCAGAUGUGAUGUUAUGUCUUUAAAAAAAUGGCAGUUUAUUUGAUCAUCAUAGCUAAACUUCACCCUUCAUGCAUCCAAAAGCAUCUUGUUCCUCACCUGGCAGGUAAACAUGGUUAAAGCUGCUUUUGCAAAUUUGAAAACAAGCUAGCUUUUUAACACACACAUGGUGACAGAACACUCACCUCUCCCCAGGGUGUCUCCCCUGAAUCUGCGUCCCUCAGAAUCGGAAACCAGCAAACCCGCAUUGCCAGAGGAAACGAGAUAGUCUUAAACACCAGUCACUGUUUCUAGGUCCAAACUUUGUUUAGUGUCCGUGACUUCAGAUGGUGUUUUCUUUUUGGGACUCUGGUGGUGUGUCCUAAAAUUGAAGUGGUAGCAGCCGGCUGUUUCUCCUUCUCUGAUAUUGUUGAGCGGAGAAUUACUCACACCAGUGGUAAGGACAUGAGUGCGUAUUUAGUGACCCAGGGAAGUUUGGAAGUUUGGCCAGAUGGUUGAUUAGUUUUUUCUGGUCAGAAAACAUGUUAUUGGUGGAGGUUCUUGAACAAAUGCAAGAGAGCCACUUUCUUAAUUAAUUUCAUCUUCUUUUUUUAACUCCAAAAUAAAUUCAUAGCUAUACUAUGUCAGAAUGUUGUUAAGGGCCAUAAAAAUAUGUUAAGCUAAUUUGUUUUCCAAAUUUGCUUUAGCAGCUUAACGAUUUCUGUAAAAAUCUCACGUCUUCCUUUUAGAGUGAGUUCAUGUGCCAUGUUGGAUGUUCCAUGUGUUGACUUGUGAUGCUCAUUUUGGGAUGUUUCCAUAUAAUUUUUUCACCUCACAUUUCUCCUGUGUAAUCUAUGCAACAGCACACUCUGGUGUUCCUGCAUUGAAGCUGAAUGAUGAUUGACUUUAUCAUGGAAAUUCUGUAACAGUAGAAAGGGAUCAGUGGGUUGCAAUGCAGAACUGUGUGUGGGGGAUAAUCAAUGAGAAAAGAAUGAAUCAUUUUUUCAAAUGAUGUAAAAAUGAAUGUUGUAAAUAUUUUUCUAUAUUUUGAAAUCAUCACAUGAAAAUAAACAAAAAUACAAAACGGGAAAGCUGUCAGAAGAACACUGCAAAGGGAAUGUUUUUAUUAAUUUAUAAAUUAUUUGCUUAGCAGUAUUAUCUUGGUGUUUGUGUCAUUAUUUUUGCUGCUUUUGAAAUAAAUGAAUGAUCCUUACAUUCAAA